AUGAGACUAAAACAAAAACAAAUCAAGAAUUAAUCAUAGGAUACAUCAUAGAAAUGACAUUUAAUUCAGUUUUUCUCCAGAAUACGUACACAAAUACAUUCAAGUUUAAGAAGUUUACAUUUCUUAACUUUCUGAAAAUGUGUAGGACACUAUAUUGUAAAAUAUAAAAGCUAUACCUAUCUCAUCUAUGUGCACUAAUAUACACUUUAAACCUUGUCCAAAUAAAACUAGUCUUAAGAACUGAUUCUUCAACAUGCCUUUCCUUGCAAAAUUCAACUUGUUUAAACAAUAUUAACAUUAGACUACAACACUAGUUUUCUCAUUAAAAAUAUACUGUAGGCUUUUUGAGCAAGAUGGCGGGCGACAAGCCGGGAGUGACUCUGGGGCAGCCUCAUCUGUCUCACCAGGACCUGACCACCUUGCAUGUUACCAAGUUGACUCCGCUUUCACAUGAAGCUAUCAGCAGACAAGCCACAAUCAAUAUAGGUACAAUUGGCCAUGGGGCACAUGGAAAGUCAACAGUAGUAAAAGCUAUUUCUGGAGUUCACAUUGUCCGAUUCAAAAAUGAACUGGAAAGAAAUAUUACCAUUAAGUUGGGUUAUGCUAAUGCUAAGGUUUACAAACUUGAUGACCCAAGUUGUUCUCGACCAGAAUGUUAUAGGUCUUGUGGAAGUAGCACACCUGACGAAUUUCCUACAGACAUUCCAGGAACUAAAGGAAACUUCAAAUUAGUCAGACAUGUCUCUUUUGUGGAUUGUCCUGGCCACGAUAUUCUGAUGGCUACCAUGCUGAAUGGUGCAGUGGUCAUGGAUGCAGCUCUACUGUUAAUAGCUGGUAAUGAGUCUUGUCCUCAGCCUCAGACUUCUGAGCACUUAGCUGCCAUAGAAAUCAUGAAAUUGAAACAUAUUCUGAUUCUACAGAAUAAGAUUGAUUUGGUGAAAGAAAGUCAGGCCAAGGAACAGUAUGAACAGAUCCUUGCAUUUGUACAAGGUACAGUUGCAGAGGGAGCGCCUGUUAUUCCAAUUUCUGCUCAGCUGAAGUAUAAUAUUGAAGUUGUUUGUGAAUACAUAGUGAAGAAAAUUCCAGUACCCCCAGGAGACUUUACUUCAGAACCCAGACUUAUUGUUAUUCGGUCUUUUGACUUCAACAAGCCUGGUUGUGAAGUUGAUGACCUUAAGGGGGGUGUGGCCGGUGGUAGUAUUCUCAAAGGAGUGUUAAAGGUGGGUCAGGAGUUGGAAGUCAGGCCUGGCAUUGUCUCUAAAGAUAGUGAAGGCAAACUCAUGUGUAAGCCAAUCUUUUCCAAAACCGUAUUGCUUUUUGCAGAAAAUAAUGAUCUUCAUUAUGCUGCUCCUGGAGGCCUUAUUGGUGUUGGAACAAAAAUUGAUCCAACUUUGUGCCGAGCUGACAGAAUGGUGGGACAGGUUCUUGGUGCAGUUGGAGCACUGCCUGAAAUCUUCACCGAGUUGGAAAUUUCCUAUUUCCUGCUUAGACGACUUUUAGGUGUGCGUACUGAAGGAGACAAAAAAACAGCAAAGGUGCAAAAACUGUCCAAGAAUGAAGUGCUCAUGGUGAAUAUAGGCUCCUUGUCUACUGGAGGAAGAGUCAGUGUAGUAAAGGCUGAUUUAGGCAAGAUUGUUCUUACUAAUCCUGUGUGCACAGAAAUAGGAGAAAAAACUGCCCUUAGUCAAAGAGUUGAAAAACAUUGGUGUUUAAUUGGCUGGGGUCAGAUAAGAAGAGGAGUGACAAUCAAGCCAACGGUAGAUGAUGACCAAAGACCUAUCACUGAAUGUCUAACUUUGGCUGAGGAAAGAGAUUCCACUUAAAUCUAGGGGUAUAUUUUCAGAGCAAU